CACCAGUUAAAUGUGAAAUGCAUAGUGGUUAUAUUCAGAGUUUGUGGGACGGUUAGUAUUCGUAAACCGAGGUGUAAGGUAGUUAAUACAGGCCGAGACUGGGGUCCGUAUAUUCCAAGGAGGCAAUAACUCUCUUUAUAUUUGUAUAACAGCAAACCCCUAAAAUGACAAAACUUACAACAGAACUCCUGUUAAAACAUGGACUACCUAAAUCCAAAUCUUUAAAAGAGCUGAAAAAACUAAACUUGUCAAAAAUGCAUCUUGAAACAAAAGAUAUAGACCCAAAGCUUUUUUCUCAAAUGGUAAAUCUUGAAGAAUUGGAUAUCUCUGGAAAUCUGAUCUCCGAAAUCCCCAGCAACCUACAACUUCAUAACCUACGUGUUUUAAACUUCAAUGAUAAUCAAGUGGAAGAGAUAACUGUUUUAAAACAAUUUCCCAACCUGGAGGAAGUCAUGUACGAAGAAAAUCUCUACCUGACAGUCAGUGAUAACCACAAGAUAUUUUGUCUUUUGCCUAAGCUAAGAAGGCUGAAUAACAAGGAUAUAACCUCUCUAGCCAAUCAUUUUCGAUUUGUCAACCACAGAGAGUUGAGUAGCAGGGUUGAAUCGUACUGGGAAAAGAACUACAAAGAAAAGUUGCCUAAGGAUUCUCCCGAAGAGAAAAUAAAAGCAAUUGGUAAAGACUUUAUGAAAACUGUAGUGGAUCAUGUUCGGUAUGGACCAAACUCUCUGAAAGACUUUACAAAGUGGAAAGUGAAAAUGAUAGCACAAGAACUCAUUUCAUUCAUGUUGGCUCGUAAAGAAAAGAAGUCAGAACAUCAAUUGCAGCAUUCGACUGAAGAAAGCAGUGAUGUUAAGAAUUUGGAGAGCUCCAAAAAUAAGCGUAAUCUUUCAUCCGACUGUCCUGAAGUGUCUCCCACAAAAAGGCAGCGAAUAACAAGUGAAAGUCUGUCAGUAUCUCUCUUGCCAUGUAGAUCAACCAAAUUGCAGCAGACCCCUUUUCACACUACUCAAAUUAAGUUGAAAGAAGGUAGUACACGUCAAGAGCAACCAGGUAAAAAGGGAUUAAUGAAUUAUCUGUCGGAUAAGUCCAGCCCUUUGAAAAAACAACCCAAAGUGGACUCUGCUUUGUCUACUGGAAAACGUAAUCUUCAGUUUCAGCAAAAACUCAAGAAAGGGCUUCAUAUGGAGCCACUUCAUUUCCUUCAGUGUCACAGUAAAAGCAAUAGCAGUGAUGAUUUCAGCACCCAGUUGUGGGCAUGUGCAUUUGAACCCGCAUUGGAUAACUCUUUAAGCAAGGUUGCAUCCUGUGGUGGAGAUUCCGUCUGUGUAACUGACUGUGACACUGGCAAGGUUCUGAAAAAAUACAAAGUGACUGGAGAGGAGUUCUUUACUUUGGCAUGGUCAACACUUACUAUGAUAAACAAAGAAGGUCAGAAGAGGAAGAUUAAUAUAUUAGCUGCUGCUGGAAAGCUUGGAAUAAUAAAAUUAAUUCAUCCAAAAAUUAAUUUAGCCUAUGGAGAAAUAAAGGCUCACAAAAAGGCAAUUUCUGUCAUAUGCUUCAGCCCACAUCAGGAAACUUUUCUUUUCAGUGGAUCCUAUGACAAAAGAAUUAUCUUAUGGGAUAUUGGUGUACCAGAUUGUGAAUACAAUUUCAGAGCUAGUCAGCUUCUUAUACUUGACGCCUCUUCUACUCCUUUACGAAUUUGUCCAGUCCCUGCAUGUCCUGAUCAGUAUUUGCUGGCUGCUUGUGAGGAUGGUUGCUUUGUUUGGGACAUAAAACUCAACAAAACCCAAGGGAAAAGAUCUUGGGAGGUAGAAUUCAAUUUUCCGAUAUAUAACAAUGAAACAAAGAAGUCUGACUUCCACAUAAUAGAUGGCCUUGCAUUUCUAAACCAAGACCUCAUAGUUUCUAAAAGUGCAAUGCAGGGGUCUAUUUAUGUAUGGAGCUGGGAGAGAUCUUUCAGAACAAAGAAAUCUAAAGGCCCUAAGAAACUGGACGCAGUAAUAUUGGCAGAGCUGAAAUGGUCAGAGACUGAUCUUCCAUAUCUGACUCUCUCAGCAUCUUCGGAAGGAUUCUGUGUCUUCUGUGGUGAUGAAGCUGGGAAAGUAUGGAUAUAUGACCUUCAUACUUAUGAAGCAGAAUUAAUAAAGGGCAUCUUCAGCAAUACUCUGAAAGAGCCCUCAAAGAUUCUUCAUUGGCCAUCACUUACUUCAAGCAAAGAUGUGGUGUCUGGACCGUUGAUAAACAACGUGGCCGUUGACUCAGCAUUACAAUAUUUAGUGGCAUUAACAGAUAAAAACCUCAUUGCGAUAUGGAAAAUAUUAUAACUUUUGAACAGACUUUUUUUAGCAUUUUAAAAAUUUUAUGCAAACUGUUAUCUCACAUUCAAGUUACGCCGUCUGUGAUUUUUUUGGUGAUUCAACUGUAAUAGCGACAAAAAAAAAAAAAAAGGCAUUUCUAAAAGUUGCCCUAUGUUUUCAAUUAAAUGUAGAUAUCGGCUUUUCUGUCCCCAACGCAAAUGUUGGCUAGAAUAAUAUUUCUUUUUUAUUCACUUUAGGAAAAUUUAAAAAAAAGUGUAUCUGAAAUCAUGCAAUAAGAUCUUAAUUUCAUUAGCAUAAGAAAACCGGUUGCAUAUUUACACUGUGCACUCAGAGUUGUACAAACUUUCCUCCCAUAACUGAUUUCUGAACUCUGCAAGAAAAUUGGAUUGUGAACAAUACUUAAAGUUGAAUCAAACUCACAUGCUGUUUUUGCAAAUAGUUAAAAAUACUUUUUUAGAUUUUAAUAGCUAUAUCUAUAAUUUUAAUUAGUGGGCCUUUCGUGAUUAACAUCAUAACAGCUAUGUCAACAAAAUUAUAUACCGUAUUUGCUCGAUUAUAAGAUGACCCUGAUUAUAAGACGACCCCCCAAAAUCUGAAUAUUAACUUAGGAAAAAAAGAGCCUGAAUAUAAGACGACCCGAAAGGAAAAAAGUUUUACCAGUAAAUGUUAAUUCAUGUAAACUAUUUUUUUUAAUAAAAGCUAUGAUUGA